AUGCGCUCAACUUACGCUCUGCUCUUCACUGCGACCAUUCUCCUCGCAUGCAGCGACGUUCUGUCAGCAGUCGCAGACAAGGACACGUCCAAGCUUGAUAAGGCACCGGCGCCUACAUCGAUCCUGUUGGCUCCUUCGAUCGAAGCUGCCGUCGGAAAGCGGCUACUGAGAUCGAACAGAAUGGAUUACAUUGUCGACCACAGCGUGGGCGAUGACGACCAUGAGAGCGACAUCGAUGGAGAAGAAAGAGGUGGGACUUUGAGAAUACCUAAUCAGAGGAUUAGGAAAUGGCUAUCGAAGGAUCUGACGCCAAAUAAAGUGAAAGCCAAGUUGAGCAUCUCAAGCCAUACUGCCACGGACAGCGAGAUUUAUAAGCUCUACCAAAGCUACCUCGCGUCGCACGCGAGAGCCCAUCACAGCGUGAACCGCUUUUAG